CCCAACAGCCCCCAGGAGCUCCAGGAUGAGGAGUCUGGCAGCUGCCUCUGGGUGCAGAAGUCCAAGCUGCUAGUGAUCCAAGUGAAGACUAUUUCCUGUCAUUACAGUCACUGCAACCCUUCUCGACAGCCCAUGGAUUCCCAGACCAGCCACUGGGCCCGCUGGACUCAAAGCCGCACGUGUGGGCCGCGCCCGGGAUCCCCUGAACCGCCGCCCCGCCGGCCCUGGGCCUCCAGGGUGCUGCAGGAGGCGACCAACUGGCGGGCGGGGCCCCCGGCCGAGGCCCGAGCCCGGGAGCAAGAGAAAAGGAAAGCGGCGUCGCAGGAGCGGGAGGCCAAGGAGACAGAGCGAAAGAGGCGCAAGGCUGGUGGGGCCAGACGGAGCCCCCUGGGUCGGCCCCGCCCAGAGCCCCGGAACGCCUCUUCGGGGGCCCAGCCCGCUGGGCUGCAAGCUCCCUCGCGGCCGCAGCGCCUCGGGCCUCUGGGGCGUGCGCCCCGUCCAUCCGCGCAGCCUCAGAGCGCACUAGGGGCGGCGUGGGCGGGGCCCUGGGGAGGUCGGCGGCCAGGGCCCCCCAGCUACGAGGCUCAUCUGCUGCUGCGAGGCGCUGCCGCGACAGCCCCGCGACGCCGCUGGGACCGGCCGCCACCCUACGUGGCUCCACCUUCUUACGAUGGCCCCCACAGGACACUGGGGACUAAACGAGGCCCGGAGCUCACCCAGGCGCCCGCCUCCCCAGCCCCAGCUUCGACCCCGGCCAGGACCGAGGCAGGGCGCGCUAAGAAGAGGCUGGAUCCUCGCAUCUACCGGGACGUCCUCGGGGCUUGGGGUCUCCGACAGGGGCGAGGUCUCUUGGGGGGCUCUCCAAGCUGCGGAGUGGCUAAAGCUAGGCCAGAGUCCGUCAAGGGGGCCACGGAGAAAGGCCUGGGGCUCGCUGCCGCCGUCCUUAGCAGUGGUAGCGACGGCCAUUCCCCAGCCAAAGCUUCAGGGAGCCCGGGCACCGAGACUACUCCUACGGGGCCUACAACUGCGAGUCUUAGUGCCCCGCGUCCUGCCCCCAGGUCUAGGCCCCACCUCAAGGGCACCAGGGAAGGGAAAGAAGGUGUAGAACAGAGCUGGCUCCCCAAACGCUGGAUUCCCUCCCCUAAAAAGCAGCCGCCCCGGCAUAGCCAGACCCUCCCCAGACCCUGGGCUCCAGGAGGCACUGGAUGGAAAGAGUCCUGGGGUCUCAGAGAGGGGGCAGAACCCGAGACCCUAAAAGUGACCCGCCGCGCCCACACCCUGCCCCGCAGUUCCCGCCGCCACACUCGUGGAGAAGGCGUCUUUGUCAUUGACGCCACUUGCGUGGUUAUCCGGUCCCAGUAUGUUCCGACUUCCCGAACACCGCACGUACAGCUUUUGCCGGCUGGGGUGUCCCACGCUGGGAGGGAUGCCUCCAGUAAACCGAAGUGCGGCAACGAGGAGGGCGAGGGCCCUGCGGCCUUCCCUUGCGAAAAGCUGAGGUCGAGCGGUUGCCUUCCACAGCAGGUUGGCGCCAGGCGCCUGAGCGAAGCUGAGGGCGGGGAGCCGGGGGCCUCCUCGUUACAGGAGCGCGCCUCUCGCAUCCUGGGGCUCCCUGUCAGCGAAGUGAACCUGCGGGACACCCCCACGCAGCCAGGUAGCCCAGAGAGCUCAGCCUUGGGCCCAGGGGCUUCGGGAGGAGUGGGCAGCGGCGAGGGCUCAAAAGAAGUGACAGUGAUCCCGCCGCGCGUGGGUCGCAACUGGGUGCGGGCGCCAGGGCCCUAUGCUGGGGCCCUGAGGGAAGCUGUGUCCCGCAUCCGUCGACACACCGCCCCGGACUCGGACUCUGACGAAGCGGCGGAACUCAGCGUCCCCAGCGGCUCCUCUGAUGGAAGCGACACAGAAGCCUCUGGCACUUCCUGGAGGAGUGAACGGAUCUCACCCUCCGGGGUUGAAGGGGCUCCACAGGGUUCUGGGAGGGCGGGAACAGAGAAGAGCUAA